GUAAAGCGUUGUGUCCGUGCCGUUGGUAAACGGAAUACUGCUGGAGAUGAAAAAACUCUGGAUGGAACACCACCUUUUAUGGAAGAAAUGGAAAAGUUAUUUGCUCGUAUUGACGAUGAUAUUUUUUCUGGGGCAGUCGAGGACCUUUACAAUUUUAUGGAUAUUCACCCUGACCAAAACGAAAAUUUGGAACAAUUUAUGUCCAAAUGUAUUUAUGCAAGAUUUAUUCGUAAAGCUUUUGUAGAAAUUCGGAAAUGCCGUUUGGAAAGGAAGCCGUUAAUACCUGGCGACUCUGUUCGUCGAAUAUUGCCAGAAGAAACGCUUUCAUAUUUGGAUAAAAACAAUCAAAUUAUAGCUUGUAUUGAUGAAUUUACUGCACUUUUAAGUGGAAGUCCUGCUGCAACUUUAGGACAACCUCAUCAAAAAUCUACUCCGCCAUCAUAA